CGACAGUCGACGCUAGGGAAGUGACGUCACGUCGGUUGAAGGCGCGCGAUGGCGGACGAGGAUGAGAACGCCGUGGCGCUGCUGAGCCACUACUGCCGGGAGCGUUUGGCCCGACAUGUGCAGACCGCAGCUGGCGAGGCCAUCAAGAAGUACGGAGCGGACCCCGUGUUUACCUUUUUCCGCGCACUUGGAAUGCUCAUGGAAGAACGUAUUCCAGAGGCAAUUAGGGAACUUGAAGCAAGCAAAACCAAACAGGAUGUGUCACUUUGCUCCAUUAUUGCCCUCAUUUAUGCCCACAAGAAAAGCUCCACAGUCGACCGUGAAGCAGUACAAGAACUGGAGGCGAAGUUAAAAGAGGACCGCAAGACUGCCGGAGAGAAAUCUCUUUAUUUCGGCGCGUUGUUUCUGUGGCUCAUUGGUCGCCAUGAAAAAGCCAGAGAAUACAUCGAUCGAAUGAUCAAAAUAUCCAGCGAUGCCAAGAAGGGCUUAAUACUGAAAGGAUGGAUUGACCUGACUUGUGGAAAGGAUGUUUUUAUGAAGAAAUCCAUAAAAUACAUAGAUGAAGGACUGCAGCAAGGCAAAGAUGCAUUUGCUCUGAUGGGAAAGGCAAAAUACUUUGAAUUGAAGCACAACUACUCUGGUGCUUUGGAGGUAAUAAACCAAGCCAUAGUGGCUUUUCCUAGCUUCCUGCCAGCCCUGGUAGAGAAGAUGAGGUUGCAACUGGCCCUACAGGACUGGGAGCAGACACUGGAGACUGGCCAGAGGAUUUUGCAGAAAGACAGUCAUUCCCUUGAAGCCCUCCAGAUGCAGAUUCUACACGCCCUCUGCAGGGAAGGAGAUUCUACAGUGGCUGCGGCAAGAAUUGGUGACUUGAUAAAUGCUUUGGAUCGAUUUGAGCCCAGCAAUCCUGGCCUAUGUCACCGCUUGGCUCUGGUCUUCAGCAGAGUGAGCGGACGGAACAAGCUUGUUUUACAGCAGACAUAUGCCCUGGUUGAAAGAGCAUUUCAUAUAACCCCUCAUGAUGCAGAAAUUGCCAUAGAGCUUGGAAACCAGCUUAUAAUGCAGAGGAAUUUUCAGGAGGCAAUGAAGCAUUACAGGCAUGGGAUGAGCCUGGAUGAAACUAGUAUCACAGCUCUGAUGGGUAUUAUCAAAUGCCAGCUUUUUGAGGGCCGUCUUGAUGAUGCUGAACAACAACUGGAACUCCUUAAAGAAAUACAAGAGAGCAUUGGAAAAUCGGGUGAGCUCUCCUACCUGCGAGCAGUACUUGCUGUGAGGAGGCAAAAGGGCCUUGAUGAAACACUUGCUCUCCUGGAUGAUGCUGUGGACACCCACUUUGUGGCCCUCACUGGAAUUCCACUAGGAAUGCUGUACUUUGAAAAGCUUAAUCCUGACUUUAUAUUAGAAAUUGUCAAGGAGUACCUGACGUUCUGCCCUACACAGCCUGGGGCACCUGGACAGGCCCUACCUCCUGUGCUGAAGCAAUGUGUUACCUUAUUGGAAACAAUAGUAAAGGUUGCUCCAGGAGUGAUGGAAGGACUCUACCUAAUGGCUCGAACAAAGUACAUCUCAGGAGACAUUGAUGCAGCACAAGGAAGUCUACAGCAUUGCUUAGAAAAGAGCCCCUCUUACUCGGAUGCUCACCUGCUUAUGGCUCAGAUUUACCUGUCACAGAAAAACUAUAAGCAGAGCUCACAGUCCCUGGAGCUGGCCCUCAGCCAUAGCUUUGAGAUACGAGAUCAUCCUCUUUACCACUUGAUCAAAGCCAGAGUGUUGAAGGAGACGGGUGAUGUACCUGAUGCUCUCCGAACGCUAAAGUUGGCCAUGAGUUUGCCUGGCAUGAAGCAGCGAUCUGGGGCCACGAAAUCUAAAGGGAAAGUCCCAGACAUCAACACGACGGAUCGAGUAUCGGUGUUUCUCGAGCUCGCAGAUGCUCUCCGCUUGAAUGGUGAACAGCACGAAGCUGCAAAGGUGAUGCAGGAUGCCAUUAACGAGUUUUCUGGGACACCGGAGGAGGUGCGUGUGGUCAUCUCCAAUGCGGAGCUGGCACUCGGCCGUGGUGACGUCGAAAGCACGCUCAGCGUUCUACGCGGCAUCUCACCUGAGCAGCCAUACUACAUACAAGCCAAGGAGAAGAUGGCCCAUGUUUACCUGCACCACCGCAAGGACAAGAAUCUCUAUGCUGCCUGCUAUCGGGAGCUGGUGGAAAAGCUACCAGGCCCUCAUACUUUCAUUCUGUUGGGUGAUGCCUACAUGAACAUUCAAGAGCCAGAGAAGGCGAUUGACGUGUAUGAGCAGGCCAUGAAGAAGAACCCUCGUGAUGGAGUUCUGGCCAGUAAAAUUGGCCAAGCCCUCGUUCGCACUCACAACUAUGGCAAGGCCAUCAGCUACUACGAGGCAGCACUGAAGAGUGGGCAGCAGAACCUAUUGCGCUAUGACCUGGCCGAACUGCUGCUUAUGUUGCGUCAGUAUGACAAGGCGGAAAAGGUUCUGAGGCAGGCACUGGAUCACCAUCCUGUUAAUGACCUACAGACAUUAAUGGAAGACACCAAGUAUCUGGUUCAGCUGGCCAAAGUCCACAGUAAGACAGGAAAGACUGAUGAUGCUGUGCUAGCAUUAACCAAGGCCCGAGAGGUGCAGGCACGUAUCCUCAAGCGUGUGCAGGUGGAGCAACCAGACCUCGUGCCAGCGCAGAAGCAGCUAGCAGCUCAAAUAUGUUCCCAACUUGCUGAACAAGCCAUCGAUCAGCGCGAGCAUGACAAGGCUGCUAAAUUCUACCGGGAGGCUCUGGUCUACUGUGAGAAUGACAGUAAGGUUAUACUGGAACUGGCUCGGAUAUACAUGGCUCAGGACAAUCUGGAUGUUUGCCAGCAGCAAUGUGCCACCAUCUUGAGGAAUGAUGUAGAUAAUGAUGAUGCCACAAUGAUGAUGGCCGAUCUUCUAUUCAGGAAACAUGACUAUGAGCAGGCCAUCUUCCAUUUCCAGCAGCUUAUUGAGCGAAAACCAGAGAAUUUUGGUGCUCUGGCACGAAUGAUUGAACUGCUGAGAAGAGCUGGAACACCGGGGGAGGCACCCAGGUUUCUGAUGCUAGCAGAGAAGAAUGGCAGCCAGAGACCCCUGGACCCUGGUUACAAUUACUGCAAAGGAUUGUAUCUCUGGUACACUGGAGAACCCAAUGACGCUCUGAAGCAUUUCAACAAAGCUCGCAAGGACAGUGACUGGGGGCAGAAAGCCAUCUACAACAUGAUUGAGAUCUGCCUGAACCCAGACAAUGAUAUUGUUGGAGGGGAGGUGUUUGAAAACCUUGAUGGAAAUGUGAGUUCAUCACAACGGGAACGGCAGGAGUCGGAGCAGAUGGCGGUGCGCACGGCAGAGAAGCUGCUACAGGAGCUUCGUCCCCGGAGCACCCAGGAUGCAUUGCGAGUGCGCAUCUUGGAGAACCACUGCCUCAUGGCCACGCGGCAGAAGGCCAGUGUGGAGAAGGCCCUCAACGCCUUCACUGACAUAGCAAGCACAGAGAAGGAGCACGUACCUGCACUGCUGGGCAUGGCCACGGCAUUCAUGAUCCUCAAGCAGACGCCGCGCGCUCGCAAUCACCUCAAGCGUGUGGGGAAGAUGACCUGGAAUCCUGAGGAAGCGGAGGAGUUUGAGCGCAGCUGGCUCCUCCUUGCAGACAUCUACAUCCAGGCCAGCAAAUACGACAUAGCUGGAGAGCUCCUGCGUCGCUGUCUGCAACACAACAAGUCCUGUAGCAAAGCGUAUGAGUACAUGGGCUUCAUCAUGGAAAAGGAACAAUCCUACAAAGAUGCAGCUUUAAACUAUGAGCUGGCAUGGAAAUAUACCAGUCAAUCCAACCCCACCAUUGGUUACAAGCUUGCUUUUAACUACCUCAAAGGAAAGCGGUAUGUGGAUGCAAUUGAUAUUUGCCACAAGGUCCUGGGAGCUCAUCCAGACUAUCCGAAGAUGCGAAAGGACAUACUGGAUAAAGCGAGAGCUUCCCUAAGAACAUAACUUUCAUUCGUACGUUUUUAUGCACAGAAUCAUGUGUGUAAGGCUAAUGAAUUGUAUACAACCUUGACUAGUUUAUUACAACUGUAAUGUAUCUGUCAUAGUUUGUUUUGCAUAUUGUGUGGCGUUUUUCAUAUAACUAUCAAUUGAGACCACCUAUAAGUGCUUAAUUCGGUUUUAAAAACUGGUCAGAUUUAUCUAAAAUAAACAAUUGGAGCCAAGCUUAUGGGAUUUUCCCUGAGGGUAACUGAUCUCUGCUACAUUCACAAUGAUUAGGAAAAAUCUGGUGCUCCUAAUUCACUUAAAGAUUGUCAUUUCUCCAUCUGUUUUGGAUUGAAAUAAAUUCUGCAGCCCUUGUGUUUAUUUUGUGGUUGUAUAAUGAUCACAUUCAUAAUGUGUAGUGUAAGCGACUACUCCCUCUACAAGUUUGUACUUGCAGUAUAUUGAGAAAUUCAUAUUAUCUUGUGCUGUACUUACAUCGUGUAACUGAUAUGUUUUGUUAUUUUGUCUUGCCUAUUUCAAUAAAAGAGUGACACACCAUUCACUGUCAUAGUUAGGGAUAUUAAACGUCGUAAUUUUCUUGCACUACCAGUAAAACAUGUCAAAUACCAGUUACCAGUUUUCUGCACAUAUAGAUAUGUCUAGCAACUAACAACACGUUUGUCUGUUUAACUGGGUGGUACAAAAGCACACCAGACUUGCAAUCCAGAGAACGCCGCUUCAACUCCAGGUGUGCGGCAAUUGAAACUGGCCAACAUUCUUAAAUCCUCCCGCUCUGGUCGGUAUGGAACAGUGCGCCAAAUACCCUCUAGAGCUCUGUCUCGUGGAAGCCCCUUUUCUGCCAGGACUUGUCUGAGUGAGCAAGCAAUUGCAGGGUUUGCACCUUGACAUCUUUAACUGAGAAGGGUGAAUAAACCACGCAAUGCCCGAGGCCGCCCGUUCCGAUUGUAUGUUCGCAGUGCCAAUCAGUUCGCACCUCUGAGUAGCGCGGUUGGCUACGUAUGGUGCGAAAGAAGUUCAACAUAUAUAACAAAAAAUUCCACUGUGAAUGACUACCGGUUCUCGACUUUCAAAACCCGUAAUUGAUUCUGAAAACAGUUACCGAAAACGUAACAUUCAUUUCGUAAAAUACAUAUACUUCCUAUAUAUGGCAUUGCACACUCAUUCCAUUUGUACAUAUUUUCAUAAUCAUGUACACCCCUGAUCCGCAUGGUGAAAUAUAGAUACCAAUCUUCCAUGACAACAAAGGCUUAUGGAGGGCAUCGACGCGUUGAUUAACAUAGAAUUGUAAAAUGAAUGCAAUAUUACGUUAAACAUAGCUUUACUGGUUCAAUACGUGAUAUUUAACACAUCAAUCACGAUAAAACAAGGUACGACUUGUUAAGUAGACAAAACCUAUUGCGCUGUCUAGCAUGUUGAUUAACCAAAAAGGUGCAAUAACCCAAACACUGCACCUAAAUGUGGAAAAGCGUAACAGAGAAGGUUGCUACAGUUUGCGUUGAAAACCCACAGGCUCCGUUUCUGUGAGUUUCAAACUGCUGCCCACGACCACACAACUUGUGGAAACUCAAAAUUUCCAUAUCCGAUGGGUUACCUACACACGCAUAUUUUCUUGCAAAUGUAAGAAGGGCAGUCAACACUUCAAACCACAUUGACGCUCUUAAAAGCCACAAUUCACGAAUUAUGUGAAGUACUGUUUAAGUCGGUGAAUACUGUAUAU